CUGCGAGUUGCUCUGAGGAUUUAGUCAACUCUGCCCGGAAAAAGAGAAGGAGCUGUCGUCUUGCAGCUCGUUGUAAGUUUGGAGCUGCCCCAGCUGCGACUGGACAAAGUUCAGUGGAAUCUUCGCUGCUCCAACCUUCUCUCCCCCUUGCUCAGCAUUCCAUUCGGCUUCCUUCUUUAAUUGACGUUCUCUGUUGUCGUACAGGAUUCGAGUCGUUGAUUUCUAAAAUUGCUUUGCCUUCCGGCCGACUUAUCCCGGGCUGGAUUAUAAACAGCGAGUCAUCCCUUCUUGAGGCGUCAGCCAUGGCAUCAUAUACCUGCAUCAGCUGCCAUGUGGCUUUCAAAGAUGCUGAUGUGCAGCGUGCCCACUACAAGACCGACUGGCACAGGUACAACCUGAAACGGAAGGUUGCUGAGAUGCCACCUGUCACUGCUGAGAACUUCCAGGAGAGGGUUCUGGCCCAGAGAGCAGUGCUGGAGGAGCCAAGUAAGGCCACCGCUACUUACUGCACGGCUUGCAGCAAGAGAUUCUCCAACUUCAAUGCUUAUGAGAACCACCUAAAAUCCAAGAAACACAUGGAGCUUGAAAAGAAAGCUGUCCAAGCUGUCAGCAAGAAAGUGGAACUCCUGAAUGAGAAGAACUUGGAGAAAGGCUUUGCUGAAGAGAACGUUGACAAGGAUGCAAUGAACGCUGCUAUCCAGCAAGCCAUCAAAGCACAGCCAUCCUCGUCUCCAAAGAAGGUCUCCUUGUUGCCUAGUGACGUUACUAGCUCUGCAGUGGCUGCGGAAAGUAGCAGUUUGUUACGGAGCAGAGAGCGCACGGAAAAACCUCCUCGACUACAGUGGUUUGAACAGCAGGCCAAGAAACUGGCAAAAGAGCAUUCUGAGGAUAAAGAGGAUGAGGAAGAUGUGGAGGAAGGUUGGGAAGAUGUAGACUCGGAUGAAGAUUUGGACUCUGAAGAACAGGUGGAAGGCAACCCAGAUGAAGCAGAAGAAAGCGCAACUGGGAAUGAUCACCUUGCGGCUGGUGCAAUCCCAGUCACAGACUGUCUAUUCUGUUCCCACCAUUCAAGCUCUCUCAUGAAGAAUUUGGCCCACAUGACAAAGGUUCACAGUUUCUUUAUUCCAGAUAUAGAAUAUCUUGUGGAUAUCAGAGGGCUGAUUAAGUACUUGGGAGAGAAGGUUGGGUUUGGGAAGAUCUGCCUAUGGUGCAAUGAAAAGGGGAAGUCCUUCUAUGCGACAGAAGCUGUGCAGGCACAUAUGAACGACAAAAGCCACUGCAAGCUCUUCACGGAAGGAGAUGCUGCUCUGGAGUUUGCAGACUUCUAUGAUUUCAGGAGCACUUACUCUGACUAUCAGGAAGGGGGCGAUGUGGAGAUGUCUGAAGAAUUGCCAUCCGAGAAGGAUUUGGAAUAUGAUGAUGAGUCAAUGGAGUUGAUUUUACCUUCAGGUGCCAGGAUUGGUCACCGUUCAUUGAUGAGAUACUACAAACAGCGCUUUGGUUCCUCGCGAGCUAUGGCUGUUUCUAAAAAUAAACAGGCCGUAGGCAAAGUGUUGCAGCAGUAUAAAGCCCUAGGUUGGACAAGCAGCACAGGAGCAGCGCUGGCUUGUGAGCGUGACAUGCAGUACCUUCAGAGGAUGAAAGCAAAGUGGAUGCUGAAGACCAGCAUGCAGAAUAAUGCUACCAAGCAGAUGCACUUCCGCAUGCAAGUCAGGUUCUGAGAGUGCCUAAAGAUGAGCAUUAAAAGCCUGAGCUUACCUUGUUCUCUUGACAAUAGAAUGUAGGGAGGAUCCCAUCACUGAGUAUUGUGGUACUGAAAUGGAGGCAGAUGCCUUACCAGUGGCUUCUUGUAUGCUGCUAUUUCAAAAUCUUUCCCAAGAAGAUCUCUAUCCAGUAUAACUUUCCUUCAGAUCUUUGACUUCAAAUCAAUAAAUGUCAUGCAUAAACGCA